AUGAAUGUAAACAUGUGCAACAAUGCUUGUAAUAGUGCCUGUGCCUGUGGUACUGGUGGGAAUGUUGUUAAUAAUAUUUGGAGUUCUGGCUUGAAGAAGCAGCAAAAACGUCCAAGAGUGCCAAAAAGAGGGCCUGGAGUGGCUGAACUUGAGAAGAUCUUGAGAGAACAAGAAAGCAUAGACAUAACUGAUAAGGGAAAUCCAGAAGGAUUUCCAUCUUUCAUUUCUCAUCAUUCAAAUUCUUAUCCUUCUUCAUCUUUGACAUUUCAUCCUACAACUUCAAAGAUGAUUGUACCUUCUUCUUCUUCUCCUAUGUCAAGUAAUUUGCCUACUAAUGUUCCUGCUGUCCCGAAAUUUGAUCAUUUAGGUCCAACUAUGUUACCAACCAUAACAUCUAUCUACGGAUCACUGGAAAGAAACAGUGGAUCUGGUCUGGUUUCUCCUGAAAAAGAAUUGUUUCCUUUGAAUAUCAAUUCAUGUAAGUCUAAGUUGAACAUUAAUGAACCGAUUGAUGGAAAUCGAUAUGACUCUGCCAGUUCACCAUCUAGGAAUUUAUCCAAUGAAUCUAAUCAGAUCUGGCCAUAUGGUGGAACGACUCAAAAGAGAAACAAUGAGUGUUCUCCUCCCACAGCCAAUCAAUUUCGUGGAACUUCGUCAGCUUCAUUAUCAAUCGGACUUCACAGUCAUCUAGAGCUUCCUUCAAACCAAAGUUCAUAUUACAACAACUAUACAUCUAGAGUCUCAGAAGAACAUAAAAUGGCAGGCAUGAAGCGAUCUUACUCUUCAACCUUAGAAAACUCUCUGAUUCCGCCAUCAAACUUUCAUGUUCUUCCAAGUUUUUCUCACUACAAUAGACCACAGCAAUCAUCCAUAAAUGAUAGUCAUGGUGCAAGUAGUUUCAAUUCAACCAAAGAGUGCUACAGGGAUGACAAAUGGGGCAGCACUUUGGAGCUCAGUAACACAAGGUUCAAUUCUGACAUUGUCACGCCUGGUCAUGCAAAUUAUCCACCAUUUGUUGCUCCUGAAUUUCCUUCACCUCCUAUGCAUUUGUUUCCAAAUGUUCUUUCUAAGGGGAAUGUGCACUCUUGCCAUGUUAAUGAUGAUAAAAUGGAGUCACACCAGCAUUCAUCAGAAUCAAGUGAACCUAAUCGUAGGCCUUUCUAUAACUUCUUAAAAGUGGAGGACCCAGAGGUGACAGAAACAAUGCAUGGCACAAAUCAUGGGGGACGUGAAGCAGGAAGAGUUGGCAUUGAUCUUAACUUGAAGCUCUGA